AUUUAAGAAAUGAGCACCACUCGUCCCGAAACCAAACAUUGUUGGACUCGUUUUGAUCAUGUUGUACUCUGGAUUUCUUCUUGCUGUGCUCGUCGUGGACUCGGUAUUUGCCGGGAAUAUAGGAAUUGAAACCGUUUUUGCAAUAACUCGGUGCAGAGCUUCAUGUCUUGAUACAUUUUCUCAUCAAAUCCGCACGGAAGACAAUUGUCGAAAAAAUUUGGAUUGUCUCAUGUGUUGGGAAACAUGUGAAAUGCUGAAUCAAAAUUUUGAACUUUGGGGACCAAUGUGUUCUGUUCCCGAUAUUUGUUUUCCUGGGUGCCAGAAAGCAUGCCAAUCACUCUCUAAUGAAAAUAAUUUGAACGAAACUAGAGUAUCUAACUUGGCUGUAAAAUCAGUGUAUGACCUUAGUACUGAUAGAGUAUUGUUGGAAUGGAUGCCUAAGGAACAAGCUGAUAUGAGUGGGAUAGUACUGUAUUCAGUACUCUUGAAAGACAAAAAUCAAGAAUGGGAACAAAUAGCUCAGACAACAUCCCAUGUUGUGCACAUCAAGGGUAAAGUGAUCAAUAAAGAUUCAGCAAUUGGUUUACUUGCCGCCAAUGCAACUCACCUUAUAUCUUAUGCCGAAACGACCUAUGUCAACAGUUUAAUUCACAACUACAAAUCUCCAGGCUACACUCGUGAAGGAUCUUGGGGUCCUCAUCUAAUGUCUUUAGAACGCAGUAAAAAUUCUCACAGUUUGUUGGCAACUAUUACUUGGUCACAAACACCAAAUGAUCUAGGUCUCACAGAAUACGAAGUUUCAUGGAAUGUAAUGGACGACGCUAUGGAAGUCACCGGACAUUUAGUCACAGCCAACAACAUAUCUGUUUUAACUCUUUGGCCUGAUUCGAUUUAUUUAGUUCAGGUCAAAAGAUAUACUCCAUCUGGAGAGGGAUAUGAAGAAACUAGUGAACCCCUUGUUAUCGAUACUAAGUUCGUUGAUAAUUAUCCAAUCAUAUCAGAGUCUACUUUUUACAAAUGCGAAGCUUAUAAGCUCAGAGAAAGGACUUUUUGGAUUUUGAGCAUAAUUUUGGCAUUAUUUGGAGCAAUAAUUUGUUUUAUUGGAAUCAGACAUCGAAUGCUAACUCAACAAAUUAAAAUCCAAAACCAAACUUCACACCCAAAAGAGAAAAAUACUCUCCAACAUUUUCUGAAGAAAACAUUAUGCAAGGCAAGUUUAUUCCAAAAACAGGCAGAAAAAACCUUUACCACGCAAUCAUCAAAUUUGAAGCCUGAAAUCUAUCACGUUGUUUAGAUGAAAUUCAUGUUCCUAGUGAUUGUUAAUACUAAGUGAUCUCUAUAUGUCUUCUACAAUUUUUCAAUCCAUAAUUUUAAACUAGUAAAUGGGUGCAAUAAGUUUGAUCUACAAGAUACUCUAAAUGUGAAAUAAUUCCUAAAAUAAGUGUUGAACAUGGACUUUAAACAUCUUUUAAUACAUCUUAUAUUCUUCAUUAUUAAUUAUUUUACUUAGUUCCAUGCAUUGUAUAAAAAUUUCAUUAGAAUAUCAUUUUUGAUGGCUGUAUAACACUUUUAAACGAUUUUCCUAAAAUCCCUAAAGAGGUGAUAAGUUUUGCCAGUAAAGUGAAGUUAAUCAUAUUCCCUAAAGAGGUGAUACAUUUUACCAGUAAAGUGAAGUUACUCAUAUUCCUUAAAGAGGUGAUACAUUUUGCCAGUAAAGUGAAGUUACUCAUAUUCCCUAAAGAGAUUAUAAGUUUCGCCAGUAAUGCGAAACUUAUAUAAAAAUAAUGAAAUCUGGUAACUUAAUAAUCUAUGUACCUAACCUCAUUUUUUUGUCAUGCUAAUUUCAUCGAGUGUUACAGAAAAAUUUAUCUAAGCACCAAUCAAUUGUGUAUAAUAUUGAGGAACAAAAUGUCAAUCAUUGUCAAUCAAAUGUCUGGUAUCUGACAUCAUUUUUGUGUACAACUCAAUGGUGAAAUAUAUAAUCAACACCAGGUUAAAUGUGUGCAAGUUUCAUAUCAGAAAUGCAGUAACCUAUUAGCAGGUCCACAUAUCUGAAAUAAUUUUUUGGUAGUUCUCACUACAUGAUUGAUUCUAUCGUGAUUGAUACUAAAAUUUAGAUAAGAUUGACAGCAGAAUAAAAAACCUUUCCGCAAAUUCAUGUAUCUUUUUUCGUACCUUUGGCAAAAUGUAUUGUGAAUGCCAAUGAAAUGUGCAUGAUAUUGAUGCUAGAAAUAUAGACAUUUUUCAGCAAGUUCCCAUAUCUUAUGUCAUGUAUUUUUCACUGGUGAAAUUCAUAGCCUGUUGCACACAGAAUCUCUUUCGCUAAAAUUAAAUAAUGUAAGAUGAUAAUUAGGAAAGUCUCCCUUUUUAAUUAAUAAUAUUAUUUCUAUAAAUUUCGCCAAAUUUAAUCUCCAACUAUUGAUGACUAUUAAUAAUUAUAAAAUAAAAGCUGUAAGCGCAAAACUCAUAAAUUCCGAGAAAAAUUUAUUUAAAAUUUGUAAGACAAUGCUACUAGCUACAACAAGCACAAAUAUAAUACAUAUGCUAAAACUUUCAAUCCUCAAACCGAUUACAAAAAUGGCAGAAGAUUUGAAAAACCAAUUUAAAAUAACAGAAGGAGAUAGAAUUGUACGAUUUUCUACGUUCUACUAAUAAACCAGAUCUUUUUCAUGCCAAAUUUCAAAGCUAGUUACAAAAUUGGUCAACAGAGGGCGACAUGACAGAGAAACUAUAAGCAAUGCUCUCUGCUGCAUGUCAGACAAUUUCAACUCAUAUAUUUGCUAAGACGUCUGUUAAUUUUGUCAUCAGACUUGCGAACGUUGUUGCGUAAAUGUUGAUCAUUUUCAAAACAAUGUUUUCCAGUUUUCUCAGGUACUAAUGCCAUAUGUCGACAAAUUUCGAAACGUUUUAAAAAUAAGCAUCUAGUUUCUCCAGCGCUACAAACAGCUAGAAUUCUAGAACACAGCAAACCAUACAUUUUUAUCUCCUAUCAUUUGUUUAAAAUUGAUUGUUGCUCAUUUUUGGAAUACACAUUGUAUUUCAUUGACAUUACAACAAAAAAAGAAAAAAACUUUACUACUUAUUUUUUCUAAUGCAAACCGCAAUUAUUGUUACAGUCAAACUUAGUCAUAUGGAAUGAAUUAUAUCAAACCAAAUAUUUACAUACUAGGAUCACACUGUAUCACUGUAAAUAUUUGAAAAAGUUUCCUAUGUAAUUAUAAUUGAAUGGAUAGUGUGAUUAAAACUAAUCAAUUGCUUGAAACAUUUGUAUAUAGCUUAUUUUUCUGUGAUCUAAUUGCGUCUAUUUUGUGAUAUGGUAUUUGACUGGUUUUUUUUAUGGAAAAUGUUUCAAAUGCCAAAAAUGCUUUGCUGAGGGACUUUGUAAUUGAAUCUUUGAAAGAAUAUCACAGUGUAAUAUAUCUUAAUGUGAAUAUGUAAAUAUUUUUCUUGUAUGUAUAUACAAGUUAUUUUUAUAAAUAUGAAGUUGAAUAAACUUUCAUUCAAAAAGCAA